CAUAUCGUCUCCUCCGCCCCAUUGGAGUUGCAGUCCUCACUGCCGCCCUAUCUCUCGCCGCCCCCCCCCACCCACACACACACACACAAAUUUUUUACAGAAAGAAAUUAGGGUUAGGGGGAAAAAUUUUGGGGUUUGGAGGCAAAAUUAGGGUUUGGGGUUUCCGAUGGAGGCGGCGUUGCUCGACGAUAUCAUCAAGAGGCUGCUAUCGGCGAGGCCAGGGAAGCAGGUCCAGCUAUCGGAGGUGGAGAUCAGGCAGCUGUGCGUCGCUUCGAGAGAGAUCUUUCUUCAGCAGCCCAAUCUCUUGGAGCUCGAAGCUCCCAUCAAGAUCUGCGGUGAUAUUCAUGGCCAAUACAGUGACCUUUUGAGACUAUUUGAGUAUGGAGGCUUCCCACCUGAAGCAAAUUAUUUAUUUUUAGGCGAUUAUGUUGAUCGGGGUAAACAAAGCUUAGAGACGAUAUGCCUGCUUCUUGCAUAUAAAAUCAAAUACCCUGAAAACUUUUUCAUUCUCCGAGGAAACCAUGAAUGUGCUUCUAUAAAUCGGAUUUAUGGGUUUUAUGAUGAAUGUAAACGCCGGUUUAAUGUGAGACUAUGGAAGGUCUUUACAGACUGCUUCAACUGUCUUCCUGUAGCUGCUCUUAUAGAUGAUAAAAUCCUUUGCAUGCAUGGUGGGCUGUCCCCAGAUCUGUCAAACUUGGACCAAAUCAAAAGUUUAUCUCGUCCAACUGAUGUUCCGGACACUGGUUUACUCUGUGACUUACUCUGGUCAGAUCCUGGUAGAGAGGUUCAAGGUUGGGGAAUGAAUGAUAGAGGAGUUUCAUACACUUUUGGUAGUGAUAAAGUCCAAGAAUUCUUGUCAAAGCAUGACCUCGAUCUUGUUUGCCGUGCACAUCAGGUUGUGGAAGAUGGCUAUGAAUUUUUUGCAGAUAGACAACUUGUCACUAUAUUCUCAGCCCCAAAUUACUGCGGUGAAUUUGAUAAUGCUGGUGCUAUGAUGAGUGUCGAUGAAACCUUAAUGUGCUCUUUUCAGAUCCUCAAGCCUGCAGAGAAGAAACCAAAGUUUAUGAUGUGAACCAAAAUCUGAUAGUUGCGGAUGCUGGUUCACUUGUAUUACUGCAUGUCUCUCUUUGAGUUUCAACCUCCUAUCUGACGUGAUACCCUUGAGCUUAUGGAGAUAUUCUCAAAGAUAAUGACGAUGCCGAGUCAAGGUCUAAAGAGAGGGGAAUUAUAAAGGAAGUCCUGAGAAAAUGAAAGUGGAUCAUUCAGCUGGUGAUUUUCUAGAUGCAUUGCUAGCUCGUCAAUGGCGAAGCCAGUUUUUUUUUUUGUUGCGUUAAAUUUAUUUUCCACAGGUGUGAAGGAUAUAGAACCAACUUAUUGGCCUCGAUGUUUAUGUUCCUUCUCUUCUUCCUCUUCUCGUUUUGCAUUGCCUUUAGGACUUGUAACAUGGACGAGACAUUUGUGGAACUUCUAUUUCUUGGACAGUUCGACUCCCAUGACCGGAACAUUAGUUCAGCAAAUGAUGGGGAGCAAGGUUUGAUUUUUAUUACAUCUGUAGUGGUGGCAGUGGGGCUUGUUUUUUUUUUUUUUGUUUUUUUUAUGUUUAAAAAGCAGUUUUUGCUAAGGAUUUGAGGAGAGCUUUGAUUCC